GGAGGCCUGAUCGCUCUCCUCCUCCUCAUCCUUCUCUUCACACUGGUGCUGUACACCCGUCACCGCUGGUGCAAGCGCCGGCGCAUCCCCCAGAAGAGCGCCAGCACCGAGGCCACCCAUGAGAUCCACUACAUCCCCUCUGUGCUGCUGGGACCCCAGGGUAGGGACAGCUUCCGGGGGUCCCGCCAGCUACAGCACAGCUCUGUCAUCGGCAUGCCCAUCCGGGAGACCCCCAUACUGGAUGACUACGACUGUGAUGAGGACGAUCAGAUGGGUCACACACACACCUCCACACCCAACCAGGUCCACAACCAGCUGAUUGAUGGGAAGGUCCAGGGCCUGGAUGAGUAUGGGACCAGCCAGGGGACACAUACCCACAACCAGCACACUGACAGCCUGAGGAAGGGGGGGGACAGCCUCCAACACAGUCUGGAUAAAAGAGCCCUUGACCCCAAGCAGGAGACGGUCGAGGCAUUGAUGCAGCGGUUUAAGGAGAGUUUCCGUCCUAACACGACCAUGGAGAUCGCCCACUUUCAACACGUCACACACAGCUCCUCCACAGGACGCAAGAGAGGACCAAGCCACACCAGAGUGGCUGGUAGUGUGUUUGGGCGCCAAGGAGACUCGGGGUCAGAGGGUGAUGAUGAGACCCAGCUGAAGUUCUACACAGAGCAGCACAGAGGCCGCCGGCGCAGCAGAGGUGGUCCACACAGCCCGAUGAACAAGGCCACUCUGACGUUGAUCACCAUCAGUACGUGUGUCCUGGCUGUGGUUUACGGCACGCAGCUCUCCUGCUCUCUCACCGUCAAGGUUACGCUCCACGUGCCCGAACACUUUGUUGCCGACGGAAGUAGUUUUGUGGUGAGCAUGGGCAGUUUCCUGGAUGUGUCUAACUGGCUGAACCCUGCCAAGCUGAUCCUAUAUUACCAGACCAACUCCUCCACCCAGUGGGUCAGAGAUUACUGUGGCCAGAGGACCACCGAGCCCUGUGAACAGCUGUGUGACCCAGAGACGGGUGAAUGCAGCUGUCAUGAGGGCUAUUCCACUGACCCGGUGCAUAAACAUCUCUGUGUUCGCAGUGACUGGGGACGCAACGAAGGUCCCUGGCCCUACACUAACCUGGAGAAGGGUUAUGACCUCGUCACAGGGGAGCAAACGCCAGAAAAGAUAUUCAGGUCGUCCUACAGCCUAGGCCAGGGUCUGUGGCUGCCAGUCAGUAAGAGCUUUGUGGUGCCACCGGUGGAGCUGUCAAUCAACCCCAUCGCCAGUUGCAAGACUGAUGUGCUGGUGACAGAGGACCCUGGGGAUGUCAGGGAGGAGGCCAUCAUGUCCACCUACUUUGACACAGUAGAUGAUCUCCUGGCGUCUUUCGGCCCGGUCCGAGACUGUUCCCAGGACAACGGGGGCUGCAGGAAGAACUUCAAGUGUGUGUCGGACCGCAGAGUCGACUCAACAGGCUGUAUGUGUCCUGACGGGCUGCGGCCGAUGAAGGAUGGCUCGGGUUGCUAUGACUACUCAAAGGGCACGGACUGCACGGACGGCUUCAAUGGGGGCUGUGAGCAGCUGUGUCUCCAACAGCUGGUGCCCCUACUAGACAACCCCAGCUCCAGCAACAUUCUCAUGUUCUGUGGGUGUGUGCAGGAGUACAAGCUGGGGGGGGACGGUCGCUCCUGUCUCCUCCAGACAGAGAACUGUGAGGGGCCAAAGUGCCAGAGGCAGGACAUUCGUUUCAAUGACACCCUGUUUGGGGAGAUGCUGCACGGCUACAACAACAAGAGCCAGCAAGUCAACCUGGGACAGGUCUUCCAGAUGACCUUCCGGGACAACAACUUCAUCAAAGACUUCCCCCAGCUAGCAGAUGGACUGAUGGUUAUCCCGUUACCUGUGGAGGAGCAGUGUAGAGGAGUGCUGUCUGAGCCACUGUCCAAUGUACAGCUCCUCACAGGUGAUGCUAAGUUCAAUGAGGCUAUGGGCUACCCCAUGGUUCAGCAGUGGAGAGUGAGGAGCAACCUGUACAAAGUCAAGCUCAGCGCCAUCACCUUGUCUACAGGCUUCUCCAAGGUUCUGAAGACACUGACUGCAGAGAGCACCAGAGAGGAGCUGCUGUCCUUCAUCCAGCAGUACGGCAGCCAUUACGUAUCCGAGGCCCUUUACGGCUCCGAGCUCAGCUGCACCAUCUACUUCCCCAGCAAGAAGGCUCAACAGCAGCUCUGGCUGCAGUACCAGAAAGAGGUGACAGACCAGGGCAGCAGGCGCGAGCUCAAAUCCAUGCCCUUCAUCAGCUACCUGUCUGGGCUGCUGAAGACCCAACUACUGGCGGAGGACCUGGUGAGCGGUGUGGAGAUUCGCUGUGAGGAGAAGGGCAGCUGCCCCUCGGCCUGCCACCUGUGCCAUCAGGCAGGCCGCGAGCAGCCCUUGCCCAUCCCCGUCCUGCUGGAGGUCAGCCGCAUCGUGCCCCUUUACAGCCUGGUGCAGGACAACGUCACCAAGGAGGUGAGGGGGGACG